AGAAGGAAUAGGAGGAGGACAGUAGGGAGGGCGUCAGUCGUUCCCGCGGUAAACGGGAGUGAAUCGCGUCUCGAACUCGGACUGAUCAUGUAGUUGGAAUCAAGACACGGUCUACGUGUUACACGCGGGUCACGUCGCGUCGCGCCUUACAUCUCCUUUUUCUUUUUCUCUCUUUCUCAUUCUCUCUCUCUCUCUUUCUCUCUCUCUGUCGCUUUCUCUCUCUCUCUCUCUCUCUCUCUCUCUCUCUCUCACUCUAUCUAACUAUCUUUCCAUCUCUGUCCCUCUGUCUCCGUUGGUACGAUCGCGAAUGCGACGAAUGACGUCGGAGAGGUAUCGAAGGAGGAGGAGAUGGGCGAGGCUCGUUCACGUAUUCGGCUCGAUCGAAGGAAACUCGAGAGCUUGCAACCGUUUCUUGGUGCGAGCCUCGUUCGGUCCUCCGUUUUGACCAUGGAAGAGUCAGGUGGGGAGAAUACGACAGAGUCUGAACUCGAUGAACGAAUGGGGAAGGGACGUAAGAGAACCGUUGAUGUCGGUAAGAAGGGAAACCGAACCACCACCACCACUACCACCACCACUAGUACUACUAUUACUACUACUACUACUACUACUACUACCACCGUCAUCACCACCACCACCACCACCACCACCACCUCUCUUUGCGACGACUCGUACGAGAAUGAGCCGUUCAAACAACUGGAGUUCUCUUUAACGGAAUCCCUUUCUUCGAGGACUAUACGUUCUCUCGAUGCGGAGGGAGAAAGCCCUCGUUCUUCUAGAUUCGACGACGGUACAUCCUCAAACGUACACGAGGAAAUGCUUCCGGGUGCGAGCAAAAAUUUCACUUCGAUACCCGAUGACAUUAAUUGCGACUCAAAGAGAUACGUCGAUUGUACGGUGUUAGGUGGUGGUAGCAAUGGUGGAGACGCUGAGGAUUCUUCGUACGACAGUGAUUACGAAGCUGAAGAUUCAACGAGCGUUCAUCCGCCAUUGGAAUCACGACUCUCGUCUUCCACGCAUUCGGACGUGUCCCGUACUGCUUCGGAUACCUUGGCAGCGGAAUUUGCUGAGUAUGUCACCGUUCAAGGACAAACCCCAACACAGAGCCCAGGAUAUACGGCCAGAGUUGAAUUCGCAUUGAAGCUUGGAUAUACCGAACGUUUGGUUCAAGCAGCUCUUCAGAAAUUAGGUCCAGAUCCUGGUCAAAACGAGUUAUUGGCAGAAUUGAUCAAACUUGGAGCAAGUUGUUCGCCAAAAUUAAGCGAAAGUCCGGAGGAAAGCGAUACUCUUUUAGAUGGCGAAACUAGUACCGAAGAACUUGGUGGAAGAUCGAAUCUAACUACUACGACUGCUACGUGUUUGAGGCCGGUUGUAAUCGACGGUAGUAACGUGGCUAUGAGCCAUGGAAAUAAGGAAGUAUUUUCCUGUCGUGGUAUUAAGAUCUGCGUUGAUUGGUUCAAAGCUAGAGGACAUCGAGAGAUCACUGUUUUUGUACCAAAGUGGCGUAAGGAAGCAUCUAGACCUGAUAAUCCUAUAGCCGAUCAAGAAAUUCUAGGUGAACUCGAGAGAGAUCGAUUACUCGUUUUCACUCCAUCUAGACUAGUCGGAGGUAAACGCAUGGUCUGUUACGAUGAUCGUUAUAUUCUGAGGUUAGCAGCCGAAGUGGAUGGUAUCGUUGUCAGUAACGAUAAUUAUAGAGAUUUGGCGCAAGAAAAUCCAGAAUUUCGAAGAGUCGUUGAAGAGAGAAUUUUGAUGUACAGUUUUGUUAACGAUCGAUUUAUGCCACCCGAUGAUCCCCUUGGAAGAAGUGGGCCUACUUUAGAAAAUUUCUUAAGAAUUGGACCGAGAAAAACUGAUCCAGCACCACCAUGUCCAUAUGCAAAGAAAUGUACGUACGGAAACAAAUGCAAAUUUCGUCAUCCAGAAAGAGGUCCGCAUCCUCAUAAAUCUGUAACGGAACGUUUGGUGGAACAUGCUCAACGACAUCUUCAAGCUAGAGGUCCGAGUUUAAGCUUACCCUUAAAUUCUACAACAGCAACGACUACGAAUGUUACGGCGCAACAUCAACCGCUCUGUAAAGCAAGAUCAGCUGCUGUACCAUCCAAUGUCUCUCAAUCAUUAUCAUCCGUCCCUAAAAGUAGAUCAGUUGAAAAUGUCACUACAGAUUUAUCAACGACUAGUCCGAUCGUAUAUGCGCAACAGAUUUCUGCUGUGCAGAAUAUGCAAGGUACUUGGGCGACACCUAGAGUUAAUAACUCGGAUACAGAGCCAGUGAAUAUGCAUAGAAAAUUACAACGACAAUUAACCUUAAAUCCGGCAUGCGAUCCACGUCUUUAUCAAUUGAGAAGAUAUCAACAGCACACGGCGCAAUCUUCGACGCAACAGCAGCAACAACAACAACAACAACAACAACAACAGCAGCAACAGCAGCAGCAGCAACAACAACAGCAACAACAGCAGCAACAUUCACAGCAAUCUAUAAUUGGUGCUCACCAAACGAUCCAACAGCAUAGGCCACUUACAAGACAUGCUAGCAAUGAGUCUCCUUAUUCAAUACCUAUCAGUUGGGACCAUCCUGAAGGACUUCAUCAACACGUAACACGCAUUGCUUCGGCACCAGAUUCAUACCGAGCUUGGCCUCCUCGUAGUACGAAUCUAAUUGCACCCUCACGAGUCUCUAGAUUAGGCACAUCCGAUCCACAAUUAAAUUUGUUGCCUUCACCGUCAUCUGCCGCAACAAAUUUACACGGAGCUGCUUGGAAUACACAAACCCAAGAUGCACGACGUCGUUUGCAUUAUCAUCUUGCUAAUAUCUUUCCCGAGGAACAGGUACAAGCAGCGAUGGCAAUGAAUCCUCAUGAAACUGAUCCCCAACAAAUAUGUGCCACGAUUUUAGCAAUGUUUCCCAAAAAUUAACGAAACAAUUAAACUUCGCCAAUUCUCCAACUAAACCAAACAGGUAUGGUAAUAUAUAUAUAUAUAUAUAUAUAUAUAUAUAUAUAUAUCAUUUUGUACAGUAAAUGGAUGUGAUUGACUUCACUAUAAGUAAAACUUCGAUGUAAACAGAAUUAGUCUGUAAAGGACAUUUCUUCUUAAUUCAUCGGAUCAUGUGUAGAUCACAGAAUGGGAUACUUUUAGAAGAAAGUUUUUAUAAUAGGUGAAAGAUCAUAAUGAUCAAAAUCAUAAAGGUGAUUUUACAUUUCUUAGUAAACGCAUUAAAUAUAAAAGAGUAAAAAGGACGAUAUGGAAAGCUUUUUAAAAAUAAUUACACAUCAUUUUGGGAGGAUCAGCCUCGACGAUGCUCUCCAUGAGAGUAGAGAAAUGGGAACAUAAGCAUUUUUAUAGAAGUUUUUCAUACGUUUAGCUUUAUUUUUAAUGUAUCAGCAAAUUGUCAUUUUUCUCUUCCUAAGUAACAGACAAUACACUAUAAACGAUUUAUUUCUCUAUAGGAUUGAAAAAUAUAAAUUCAUUUGAAUUCGUUAGAUCGAUAUACGUAUAUAUAGACAGUGUUAUGUUUGAGAUCUAUUCCCAAAUCUCCACUCAGUUCAAAAUUUGUUUAUGCAUGAAACAUUAAAAUCAAUCAUUAAUGGAUUUAUUUCAAUUAUACAUAUUCGCAUUUAGGCGUUAUGUUAUAUAUUGAGAUAGUAUACAUAUGUGUAUUCCUUGUGUACGUCAAUGUUUGCAAUAAGAUUUACAUUUUCUUCCAGCUAUUCAAUAUUGACUAGUGUUUUUUUGGGGUAGAGAAUGUAUCUUAACAUUAAUUAAUUUUAAAUAACAAAAGUGAAAACAAAGUAAGAUUCUCUUAUAAAAUCUAUCUAUUUGUCAUUAUAUUAAGAAGAGUAAGACAUUUUAUGAUAUAAGAAAGAUAUCUUUUCUAUGAUUAUUUAAUAAAGAAAUAAAAUGUUAAUAUAUGUGUAGCAUAUAUAAAUACAUGAGAUGAAGUGCUUAAUACUAUGUUAACCAAAAUCUUUUCACAAAUAUAAGAAAAGUACAGGUAUAUAGUAAAAUUAGACACUUCAUAGUGUAUAUAUAUGUGUGUAUGUGUAUGGAAUAAAAUAUCGCAAUACCAUGUAUUGUUUAAUACAUAAUUACAAGAAUUUCUGAUCUUGUACGUUAUCUAACAAAGAAUUCUUAGCAUCAAUUGCAUAGGAAAGAAAUAAAAAUGAUAUCUUUAUAAAGUUUGCAACACAAAAUUUAUUGCUACGAUUGAGAAUCACGUCAAUCGAGCAAAAAAAAUUAAUGUUUAAUGUAUGUAAGAUAUGUUGCUAUUAUUAUUAUAAUUAUUAUCAUUAUUAUUAUGUUAAUAUUAUCAAAAAUAUAUGUAUAUAUAUAUAUGUAUAUAUAUUAUGU